CACUCACCGGCCCAGAUCAACUUGGAGAAAUCGGCAGAGGAGUCUCACAUGUUCCGUUUACAAUUCGCAGCAUUCAUUUUGGACACAAAGCAUACUCGGAUAAAAUGAUCUAGGGAGAAUAAAUAAUGUUGUAAAGUUGCGCGGUUUUCUUUUCAGAUUAUUAUUUUUUCCCACGGAAUUCAUUGCUUGGUGUUAAACACAGACUGUGGAAGUGAACACGAUUUGCCCUAGCAAUGGAUCCAGAGAGACAGAAGCGCAGAGAGGAAAUUGAAAAAGCCCUGGGAUUUAUUCAGUCAUCUUUACCAUUCCCUGAUCCUGAUGGUUAUGAGGCGUUUUUGACUCAGUUAGUGUGCAACUUGCUGGACGAAGGUAACACAGUGUUUCGUGAUGGAGAUUACAGGCAGGCAGCCGCGCACUACACUGAAGGUGUGAACGUAGCUCGAUAUGCCCAGUCUGAAGCCCUGGUCCUUCCUCCAGAACUGCUUGAAAGCCUUUACGUAAACAGGGCAUCUGCACACUAUAGCCUUGGAGAGUACGAGCAGGGGGUGCAGGACUGUGACUGCGCGUUGGCCGUGUCUGAGGGUAACCGGAGAGCACUCUACAGAAAGGCACUGUGUCUGAGAGAGCUGGGUCGAUUCAGAGAGGCGUACGAGUGUGGCACUGGGUGUCUGCUUACUUCCCCUCAUGACAGUCAAGUCAGUGAGUUGGCUAAGGACCUGGCCAACAAACUUGGCCUGAAAAUCCGCAAAGCCUAUGUUAGUCUUCAGGUUGAAUCCACAACAUCUGGUCCAGCAAGUAAUGGGGAAGCUGCACCUUCAGCAGGAGAGACAUCCUCAAAUGGUCUCGAGUCACUGACUGAUAUUGGAUCAGAUUUGUCCAAUGCCCAGUGCAUCCCUGCACCUUUGGCCACCCCAAUUCCGGUCAGUGAUGACCCUGCAAUGCCCCCAAUGAGUUCCAUAGUUCCCCAGGACACCCCUGAGAGUCCCAGUCAGGGCCCCACUGGGCAGGUGCAGUAUUCCGUGCCAGUGUCUGAGGAUGUGGGUGAAUGUGUGAUGAAUCCAAAUCUGGAUAGCCUACUGGAAAAAGGAGCCGAGGUCAGUGUGACCCCAGUUCAAGGUGCCAUUCCUACUAACCUCCCAAACACAGCUGUAGGGUUGCGUGCUGCCUACCCCUCUGCUCUCCCAGCUUCUUCAUCCCCGCUUCCACAACCUUAUUUUGGCUCCACCACCAACCCCCUCACUCAGCUGGAUGCUUUUUCAGCACUUGGACAGAGUGAAAGCUCACAAGCCAUGGAGUCUCUUCUCCCUUUUCCUCCUGGGUCCGGAGAGGCUGUCGGAAGGGCUAGAGCUGAAUCACUCGGCACACAAGGACUAGACUCUCUCUCUGAGUACACAUUACCAGGUGGAAGAGUCUCUAGCAGUUUCUUCUCUGGAUUAAGGAACCAUAGUACCAUUCACUCAAAUGGCUCAGCUGCCACAAACCUUUCCCUCUUGUCCCAGAAUCCACUUGCUGCCACUCAUGAGUUCAGACAGGCCUGUCAUGCCUGUUACAGUCGCAUAGGUCCUCGGGUCAUGGAUUACAAGUAUCAGCCUGAAGCAGCUCAUCGCUGUAAAAGAGAUGUGCUGCUCUGUCGCCUCAAAUCUUCUGAAGACGCCACUUGGAAGAGGAUACGGCCUCGCCCUGCCCGGAAUAACUUCCUUGGGGCGUUUGUGCUUUGCAAAGAAGUGCAGGAGCGUCAGGAGUGUCAGUAUGGAGAAAACUGCACAUUUGCCUAUUGUCAGGAGGAAAUAGAUGUGUGGACCCAGGAGAGAAAAGGAGCUUUAUGUCGAGAGCUAUUAUUCGACCCCCUGGGCACAAAUGAGAGACGAGCACUUAGUGUCACUCGCUUGUUGCAGAUUCAUAUGGGCAUGUUCAUGUUCCUCUGUGAGGAAUGUUUUGACAGUAAGCCUCGUAUUAUAAGUAAGCGCAGCAAAGAGAACCUAGGUGUCUGCUCCAACCUGACUGCAAAGCAUCCUUUUGAUGAUAACAAGUGCCUGGUGCACGUGGUACGUUCGGCCAACGUGCGCUACAGUAAGAUUCGUCCGCUCCAUCCAUUAUGCCAGUUUGACGUAUGCCGCCAUGAGGUGCGAUACGGCUGCCAGAGGGAAGACAGCUGUUCUUUUGCCCACUCAGUUAUUGAACUCAAGUGCUGGGUGCUGCAACAGGACACAGGAAUCACCCAUGAGGAGAUGGUUCAGGAGUCAAAGAGACACUGGCAAAGACUGGAGCAGAAUGCACAAAGACAGAAGCCCAUGCAUGUGCCUCACCAAACCAGCAAUAGCAGUAAUCCUGUAACCAGUGCUGCCUUUGGGACUGGAGGAGGGGUUGGAAUGGGCGGUGACAGUAUUGGAGGUGGCGGCUCAGGAGGAGGCACGUGUGGCCGAGGCCGUGGGCUCAACCUUAAGAUGAAGUUUGUUUGUGGCCAGUGUUGGAGGGAGGGCCAGGUCAAUGAGCCAGACAAGGCCCUGAAAUACUGCACUGCAAAAGCCAAACACAGCUGGACAAAAGAACGGCGGGUACUGUUGGUGAAAUCGUUUGAGAAGAAAAAGUGGGUAGUUGUACGGCCACUGCCGUUCUCUCGAACAUACCCCCAGCAGUACGAUAUGUGUGUUCACGUGAUGAAGCAAAAGAAGUGCCACUACAUUGGCAACUGCUCUUUCGCUCACAGUUCAGAAGAAAGAGAUGUGUGGACUUAUAUGAAGAACAACAGUUUGAGGGACAUGCAGCAAAUGUAUGACUUAUGGCUAUCACUAACCAAUCAGAAUCGUCGAACAGACGGCCCCUUGUUGACUCCACCUCCUGAAGAUAAACAGAAUGUCAUGCAAGCUGACUACACUGAGUCAGUGGCUACGCGCCGCAUGUCAGGAGGUGGGGAGCUAUGAUCCCAACCAAAGCAUUGAGGGGUAGUCCUUGUGACUUUCUGGAUAAAGCUUUUCGUCAUGAGACCCAGUCAGUUUGUAUUCUUCAUUCCCUUCAGUGCAACUUUAGGGUGCACUGUAAUCUCCUGUUGACAGCCUGACUGUAAGCCUAACAUGGUGAUAGUGAACACAAGCAUACAUGCUUUCUCAUUUAUGCCCAAAUACAUUUGUUGACAUUACACUUGGCUGUGUGUUUCAUAUGCGAACCAGUAAGCCUAUGUAAUUAAGGUCAUUUUAAAUUUCCUUAACCAAAUCACAGUUUAAAAAAAAAUAAGUGGUUCCUUAUUCUGUGUGUUUGCCAUAUUGGCAAAAAUACAUGAUUGUAUAGCCAGCAAAGGCCCUCCAAAAGAUAUGUGAAAUGUAUUGAACACACCUUGGCAGUUAUCCUUUGUCUGUCUGGCUGUGUCUUCAUAGAACUAGCAUGUAGGUUUGCUGCCUAUCUAUCUGCACCAUCCAGCCUUGCGUGCCCAAACUUGCAUUUACAUUCAGUUUGCACUGAGCUGUGAAAAGCAGAGAAUUUGUAAUAAAUAAAGAAGGCAAUUGAGCCAAGGAAUUGGAUAAAAGUCUGCUCCUCUAGUACCAUUUGAUCUGAUCAGGCAGAUUCAAGAGGCUUUACUGUAAUUGUAGUAAUCUGGUUGCUUUGAUGGAAAGUUUAAGAUGCAUAAAUGAUUGGAAUUAGACUUGAGUUCAUUAACCCAGUGCGUCACGCAACGUUGGAUCUCGUUAGGCUAUAUUCUUAAGUGAGUUCUUGAAUUCGUAACAGAUUCAUAGUAGUUCUCCAUAACUCAUAUUUACUCAUUUCAGGCAAGGAUAAUGAAUGAACAUGAACUUGGGAGACUUUAGGCAGAUAAACUUAAGAUGGUGUGCCUAUGCAUAACUAUAUUUUCUCUAAAAAAAAAUUAUACACACACAGUACUGUGCAAAUGUCUUGAGCCACCCCUUAUUUCUUCAUAUUUUGCUUCCAAAGAGCCAGACUUUUACUUUUUUUUUUUUUUUUGGUCUUGAAUAGUUAAACAAGCUUCCUGAAUGCCUUUUCUUUUUUGGCUCUAAUUUUUGUCAGGUUUUUGGCUUUCAUUUUCAGUCCUCUACAUAACCAUUUUCAGAGAAUUCUUUUUUUGGGGGGGCUAUAAAGCACUAAAAACUUGUGUCUUUAACCAGUAAGAUAGAGGUAGAGAUGACAGAUAACCAGGUGAUGCUGAGUGGUUGAAAAAGCGGAGAGGAGAAAUAAGGUAGCUGUUGUGGUUCUUGCAUAAAACAACCAGUUUUUGAAUUGUAUCUUUAAGCACUUUGUAGCUUGUCGCAGUAAAACUUUUGUUCCCUUUUCUUUAAUCUACGUCAUUUAAUUAAUUACAUUUAAAGAAAUGAGGGGUGGCUCAAGACUGUUGCACAUUACUGUGUGUGUGUGUAUGUGCGUAUACAAACAACCACACAAACAUACACAUGCAUAUGCAUACACCUGCGCACACAUGCAUACACACACUCAUGAUAUACCUUGCUACUUUUAGUAAGCCCUGUCCAUACGUAUGGUGGACAUACAUAUUUACUAUACUACUAAUAAUUAUUGAUAACCUAGCAGUUAAAACUUAAUUAAAUAUAGCCUGACCUUGUAUUGAUUACAUAGAACCUGUUGUUAUUGAACUAUGCUAUAUGACUUGUAUUGCUGAUUAGAUGACUAGUGAUUUUUCUUCUCGCUUCUUUGAGGGUCAUUCCAGAAAUUUCAGUUUUGUGAAGUUGCCAGCCUGUACCGCCAACUAUUUCAAGAAAAAAAUAACUGUACAUUUUACUGUUAGCACAUUGAUGUCUUAGAAAUAAUAAAGACCAUAUGUAUUUGAGGCUGGGAGUUGUCUGGAUUUCAACAGGUCUGAAUACUAUGAGGGAGUUUCUGGAAUGAUCUUAAUGUAUGCUUCAGUGAGGGAUUGUAUUAUUAUUACUAUUACUACUACUAUUAUGAUAAUAAUUACUAUUAUGACUGUCUAUCCUCCUAUAUUCUAUUGAUAUAUGUAUAUGUUAAUUGCAAUGUAUAACUCUCUUUUAAGUAUAUGUAUCAAUGUAUGAACAUAAAACAUAACAGUGCAUAGUCUAUGUAUGCUGAGAUACUUUCAGUUUAGGGAGGAGGCGCUGUAUAGAUACAUGUGCUUAAGGUUUUGAAAUGGUCAAUCAUUUAGUCUUUUAAUGCAAAACAAGUACAAUGUAAGUUUACAAUGAGGUCAUACACUAUUGCUUCUUCUAGUGUGUUUAGCAUGUAUUUUGUUGCCAUUUCUAAUGGUAGGAUCCACCUUGUGCCUUUACUGUAACUCUCAUAUGAUGACAGGUGGAUCAGGUCGAUUGAAACACACAGCACCACCUGUCCAGACUUUUUGCCUGGUUUCGAAGUCCUCAAGCACAUGUAUUUGUCAGCUGUAUUAUGAGAAAAUGUUAAGCAUACAUAAGUGUUUUUUUCUUUUUUUUCAUAGCACCUUAUACAAUAUAAACAUAUAUACAAUUAUAAAUAUCCUUAACAUAUAUAAUCUUUCUCCUUCAAUAUAUGAUAAAUAUAUACAUACUUAGACAACUUGAAUAAUGAAAUAGAUGCAAGGUGGUGGACAGGUUUUGUGGUUUGUUUUGUUGGCUGAUGUGGUUGGUUGUGGCAUGCAGCUCCAGUUGUCUUGAACGUUCUCCUGUGGAACAUUGACACUUCACAGAAUUCUUGUAUUUUUCUGGUUUUGGUAGCAGUUUCCAUUCUUGAUGACAGGUAGACAAUCAGAGGAAGUGUGAGUAAGCUGAGAAGAGGGUGCAGAGAGACUCGGUUUACAAACACCGUCUCGAUCAUGAGGAUGUUUUCAAAUGGUCAUAUUAUCAAAAGGGCAGAAUCUCUGGCCACCGGUUAUUCAAUUGGUUUAUGAGAGAAAAUCAUACACUCAACUAAAUCACAUCCCUGUCAUUUUUCAACUUGAGUUUACUUCAUGUGAAUGUGAACAUGGGACAUUUUAAAUUUUCUUGGACUUUGACUCCUUCCCCAAGUAGUUUGGACAAAUGGGGAGAGAUUGCACAUGGUUAGACCUUUGUGUUUAAUGCUCUCUCAAGCCAGGUCUCCAUUCUGAAUGGCAGACAUUUAAGCAUUGAUCCCAGUAUGAUGUUCCAUAUUUUAUCCUGAAAAGAUAUGUCUUUUCAACAGAACACACAAUUUUGCUAAUGUUGAAGAUGCUGUUCUCUUUCGAGAUUAAUUAUUUUUCAACUAAUAGCUGAAAAAAUAUCAGGGUUUUUUGAAAGAAAAAAAAUGCCUCUUUUUGUACUGUAUUUUUACAUUGUUUUUGUUUUCUCCUUUUUCCUCCCCUAUUGGAAUGAAUAUUAAAUACAGUGGACCAAAUCUCAUGAGUGCUUAACAAUAAACGGAUUGUUUUAGAA